GAUUAGCCGGAUACAGAGGAGACCUUUUCUUCUCUAGAAAGCACUCCGUCGAGAACACCAGAAGGAAGGGAAGCGAGCAUAUUCAUCCAGCAAAAUUCUGUAAGCACCGAUGCUACUGAAUAUGGUUGGGACAGCCCAACCCCUGAACGGUUGUCCACUCGUCGAUGUGACCUUCUUUCCUCUCCAACACCAAGUACGCUGCUUGGUAACAGGAGAAGGAAUUCAUGAGACCAACACAAGAGCUGCUGACGACUGGGCAUGGACGCCCACCAGGCUUGAUGCCCAGGAGGACAAAAUGUACCGGUAUUCUCCACCCGCAACUGAAAAUCUCAUCUUCAGCUUUCGAAGCACAGGGUGGACAAUUCUCUCCUCAAAGGUUCAUGCUACAGUCAGUGAACAGGAGCUUCUGUUGGUAGAAAAUUUCCUGCAGUUGAGGGAGAGCCGCAUAAACGAGGGAGCUCGGAAUUUAAAGCGACCUCGACUGAGUGAACAAGAGUUUUCAACACCUGAAAGCCAGGAAUUAAUAAAGCGGGAUUCUCCAAUUCUGGAGAGUGACUGCAUUGAUACCAAUUUCAGAAAGAAGGGCUGGGAUUUCAAGAGUCAAUCUUCUAGUUCCAGUAAAACCAAUUCCUCAGCAGGUUCACCAUUAGCUAUGCCAGUGCCGGUGCCAAAAACUCUGUCCAAUGUGAAAGCAACCAGUGAGUGGGCGCUGCGUCGCACCAGCUAUAAGGGGGGAAAUAGGCGCUCCCUCAAGCGCCAAAAAGGGAAUAUCCAAGAAGGGGAUGCCCGCCUGGAACCCCUGAAGACUGUUCCAUCGUGUGAUAUUCUCCAAUGGAUAGAAACAUUGAUUGGCUCGUCACUUCGCACAACGCAUAAGAAAAUGGCUAUAAAGGAGUUGAACGAAAAGUUUGGAAAAUCACGGCACGCUCAGAGCACGAAAUCGGGAGAUUAGCUAGUGGCCAGUAGCUCUGCUGUAAACACGGGCUCCGUCUCAGGAACACGCAAACCGACGGCCAUGACCGGACCCCCGACAGCCAUAAGCCGACCAAUUCCCCAGUUACAAAACUUCACGCCGUACCGACCGAAAUGCCAAGAAGGUAUAUCCUCGAGUCAAUGCCUAGAAAAGAAAAUUAUGAGCCCGUUUAAGAACAAUAAAGAUAAUAAUAGGGAGGAUUUCAUAUAGAUUUACUGGCAACCCGGAAACUUAGGGCACCUGAAGAUCGGCAUGACAAAAGACAUAAGCAAACGGCUCCAGCGAUGGGGAAAGCAAUGUGGUACCAAACUAGAGGUCUAUUUCCCAAAACAAGAUGCAGCAGAUGAACAGAGGAAGCAGAACUUACUACCCCGUCAAAACACAUCUUCCGCGUCGAAGGCCUUGUGCAUGCGGAAUUGAAGGAGCAGCGGAAACGGGAAGGGAAUUGCGCGGACUGUGGGGAAGCACACCGCGAGUGGUUUGAGGUGAGUCCUAUAAUCGCUAUGGAAGUCGCGCGGAAAUGGAUGCGCUAGAUGCGUGAGAAGUGGCGAUAUGAACACGGGACCGACAGGCGCUUUGGCUGAUCUUUGCCAACCUCAUGAAAAGCUCGCAAGCGGCAAGCCGAAGAAAGUUGCUACUACUAAAGUUUCCCCCCUUGAUACCAGGUUUUCAUUGGCUUUAGGAGGCAAAAUAUUUGGAAGUAUCUGUGUUAACCAUGAGGAGUGUGGGAUUUAGGACCUUUUUCGCGGCUCUCAGAGGUAGUAGAAAUAGGAUCUUUAUGAAUGUCAGUACCGUACUCCCACUCUCCGUCUCUCACCAGUGGUUCUAUAUGUAUAUGAACAUAGCAUAUGUGCAACCUCUUGGACCUUUCUAUUAAUCAUCUGUUGUAUUCAUGAGAUUGUCUCCUCUCAGAUCCCACUCAGAACUGUGAAUUACCCAUACAAAGUCACUUGUCUACAUCACUACUAGAUAUGUAUCUAAAUUUAACUAUACCAGACAGAGGUAAGUACAUGAUUGAGUGUUAAGAUAGACAGUACAGAGUAGAUAAAGUAAAUUAGAGAUCGUACACUUAUCAAUAAUGUCUCUUAAAUUUGUGCAAUCACCGAAUGCAAAGAAGGUUUGAUUACUUUCUGAUAAAAG